AUGCCUGUGGUCAAUACUGACCAGCUGGUCCGCUUACAGCGGAAGUCCGAGGACAUAAGAAAUAUCUGCAUUUUGGCCCACGUCGAUCAUGGCAAAACAUCUUUGACGGAUAGUCUCAUUGCCACGAAUGGCAUCAUUUCACCCAAGCUGGCGGGUAAAAUCCGCUACUUGGACUCUCGUCCAGAUGAGCAGCUCCGAGGUAUUACUAUGGAGUCAUCAGCCAUCUCGCUGUUCUUCUCAAUGCUCCGUCGUCCAAGCCCAGACGCAGCACCAGUGCCCCGGGAGUAUCUGAUCAACCUGAUCGAUUCGCCCGGACACAUUGAUUUCAGCAGCGAAGUCUCAACAGCAUCGCGUCUUUGUGAUGGUGCCGUUGUUCUUGUCGACGCCGUCGAAGGUGUCUGUAGUCAGACCGUGACAGUUCUAAGACAGACCUGGGUCGAGCAAUUGAAGCCGAUUCUAGUCAUUAACAAAAUGGACCGUUUGAUCACCGAACUGAAGAUGAGUCCCUCUGAAGCAUUCUCGCAUCUUAGCCGACUGCUGGAGCAGGUCAACGCUGUCAUUGGUAGUUUCUACCAAGGGGAGCGUAUGGAAGAGGAUCUGCAGUGGCGUGAGCGCAUGGAAGAUAAUAUUAACGCUGCUGCUGCGCGGGAUAAAGAGAAGAAGUCAGCUGGAGAUGACGACUCUGCAUCGCCCAUUACUGAGGCGACUGAAUUUGAGGAGCGCGACGACGAGAAUAUCUACUUUGCACCUGAGAAAAAUAACGUCAUCUUUGGCAGUGCCGUCGAUGGCUGGGCUUUCACUAUCAGGCAAUUUGCUGCCAUCUACGAGAAGAAACUGGGAAUCAAACGAACCGUCUUGGAGAAAGUGCUUUGGGGUGAUUACUAUCUUGACCCGAAGACUAAGCGUGUCCUGGGCACCAAGCAUCUGAAGGGACGGGCUCUGAAACCAAUGUUCGUUCAGUUGGUCUUGGACAGUAUUUGGGCGGCAUAUCAAGCUACUACAGGCGGAGACAAAGGAAAGGGGGACCCGGUGUUGCUGGAGAAGAUUACCAAGUCGCUAAACAUCAACAUCCCGGCAUACGUCUUGCGCGGACGUGAUCCCAGAAACAUCAUGAACACAUUGUUCUCUCAAUGGCUGCCUCUAUCUACUGCCCUACUGGUUUCUGUCAUUGAAUAUCUACCUAGUCCCCCCGCUGCGCAAGCUGCCCGACUACCAGAAAUGAUCAAAACGUCACCUGGUGCUGAGUUCGUUGCCGAGGAUAUCAAAAAGGCCAUGAUUGAGUUCAAGACAGGACCCGAGGAACCCGUUGUGGCAUAUGUCAGCAAGAUGGUUGCGAUCCCGGAGAGCGAGCUUCUGGCAAGCAAGAAGCGGAGUGGCGGUGGUGCUAUGACCGCGGGCGAAGCCAUGGAGAUUGCUCGCCGCAAGCGAGAGGAGAUUGCCAAGAUGCAGGCAGAGGCCAGUAACGGCCAGGCAGAUGACUUUGAGCGCAUGACAUCCGUUUUCGAAAGCACCUCGUUGAUUACUGAGACGAUAGAUGAACCAGAAGAGCCGGUCGAGAAAGAGGAUCCUGACCAUCUUAUUGGCUUCGCGCGACUCUAUUCAGGAACCCUUUCAGUUGGAGACGAGAUAUAUGUCCUCCCACCCAAAUUCUCACCAGCCAACCCGCACGCCAGCCCGGAGCCAAAGAAGGUUACGGUCACAGAUCUAUACCUAAUGAUGGGCAGAGCACUGGAGCCGCUCCAGUCAGUACCGGCCGGUGUAGUAUUUGGAAUUGGAGGUCUUGCAGGCUAUGUGUUGAAGACAGGUACACUCUGCAGCCGACUUGACGGAAGUGUCAACUUGGCUGGUGUUUCGCUGAGCAUGCCGCCCAUUGUUCGAGUCGCCCUGGAACCAGUCAACCCAGCCGACUUGAGCAAGAUGGUCACCGGUCUACGCCUUCUUGAACAGAGUGAUCCUUGCGCACAGUACGAAGUGCUACCCAGUGGUGAGCACGUCAUUCUCACAGCAGGUGAACUACACUUGGAGCGUUGCGUGACGGAUCUCCGAGAGCGAUUCGCUCGUUGUGAGAUCCAAACAGGCGAGGCUAUCGUCCCCUACCGGGAAACCAUUGUUCAUGGCCCCGAGAUGGCCGCUCCCAAGCACCCCGAACUCGGACGUGGGACCGUUCUCACCGUCUCAGCCUCGAAGCAACUGACGCUGCGUGUGCGUGUCGUCCCGCUGCCAGAGGCUGUAACAGAGUUCUUGACCAAACAAGUGGGAACAAUCAAGCAAGUCCAGUCAGAGAAGCGCUCGGAGACCGAAGCCAGAACGGAUACGGAGACGGCCGUUGAAGCUGUCGUCGACGGCACUGGCGAAGCACCCGAAGGUCGCAUUCUCUGCAAGAAGGAGUUCCGCGAGGCACUAGCCAAAGUAUUCGACGACGACGUCAAGGAAGACAAAGAGCUAUGGAAGGACGUCGUCGAUCGAAUCACUGCAUUCGGACCCCGCCGAGUCGGACCCAACAUUCUAGUCGAUGCAACGGCCGUCAAUACCUGCGAGAAAUUCUUGGUCGACGACAUCAAGCAGCAGAUUCCCGGUGACAACCAGCAAGCUCUCCUCGUCCGCGACUUCAACGACAAGAUCGCCUAUGCCUUCCAGCUCGCAACAGGCCAGGGUCCCCUCUGCCAGGAGCCCAUGCAAGGCGUAGCCGUGUUCCUGGAGGAUCUCUCCGUGCAGGCGAACGGCGACGAACUCGACAUGGGCCGUUUAACAGGUGAAUCAAUCAAACUCGUUCGCGAAGGCAUCUCAGCCGGUUUCCUAGACUGGAGUCCUCGCAUCAUGCUCGCAAUGUACAGUUGCGAGAUCCAAGCAACGACCGAAGUCCUAGGUCGCGUCUACGCAGUCAUAACCCGUCGCCGAGGCCGCAUUCUCUCCGAAAUUAUGAAAGAAGGAACACCCUUCUUCACGAUCAUCGCCCUCCUCCCCGUAGCCGAGUCCUUCGGUUUCGCAGAGGAGAUCCGCAAGCGCACGUCUGGCGUUGCGCAGCCGCAGCUGAUCUUCGCCGGCUUCGAAGCCCUCGACGAGGAUCCGUUCUGGGUCCCCGCUACCGAGGAGGAACUGGAGGAUCUCGGUGAGCUGGCUGAUAAGCAGAAUGUUGCGAAGCGGUAUAUGGAUGCUGUGCGCAGUAGGAAGGGAUUGGUUGUUCAGGGUCGGAAGUUGAUUGAUGCGGAGAAGCAGAAGACGUUGAAGAAAUAA